AUGAACGUGGAUCCCCUUCAGACGGAACCGCCGACCACAGGCAAGAUCAAGCUGCGGACUUCGAUGGGGGAUGUGACUAUCGCACUUUGGUCCAAAGAGGCACCCCUCGCUUGCCGCAACAUUGUUCAGCUCGCGCUCGAAGGCUACUAUGAGGACCAGAUAUUUCAUCGCAUCCUCCCCGGCUUCAUUGUCCAGACUGGUGAUCCAACAGGCACCGGUCGUGGAGGAUCUUCGAUCUUUGAAAGUGAAGAUAAUCCAGAAGGGGAAUUCAAAGACGAGCACCAUCAUCGCUUGAAGAUGACGAAACGAGGUUUGGUCGCCAUGGCCAAUGCUGGCAGGCCCCAUUCCAAUGAGUCGCAAUUUUUCAUCACGUUGGGGCCGACACCAGAGCUGCAAGGUCGGCAUACUAUUUUUGGAAAGGUGGAAGGACCAGGGAUCUACACCAUCCUCUCCAUUAGCGAGGUCGAGUUGGAAGAUAAGGAGGUUGGACGACCGAGACACCCGCCUAAGUUGCUGGGCAUCGACGUAAUCCAGAACCCGUUUGAUGACAUUGUCCCGCGGAUAACA